UCACAUACAGCUUGCGCUCUUGGCUGAAAGAAUGGUGCAUUUCAGGGAUAUAAAGCAGUCGCCCUUUCACCUCUUCCAUGAUAUCAUCCUAAAGCCGUUGUUCUGAUUCCACAUCAUCAAGUUACUUCCUUCAAUAUCUUCUUCUGAAUAUCAAACCCUUUGAAACUAUGCUCAACUCUUUGUUUAUCGUCUCGUGCGCUCUGAACUUUUUGUAUUCUACCAGAGCAGAUACUGCUUCUUUGCGAGCCAAGUUCUCCAAGUUAGGAAUCGACGCUGUCUUUCCAGGAGAUUCAACUUAUAACAAAUUUGCUACACCUUAUAACAAACGUCUGACUUAUAUUCCAGCUGCGAUCGUCUUCCCGAACAGUACUAAAGCUGUCUCGGAUUCAGUCAAAGUAGCUGUUGGAGAAAAGCUUCCAGUAUCACCUCGCUCAGGUGGACAUUCGUACGCCGCCUAUGGUUUGGGUGGAACUAAUGGCGCCUUAGUUGUCGAUCUCUCCCGACUCAAGACCGUAUCUGUCGAUCAAUCAACUGGUCAAGCUGUUAUCGGAACUGGAAACAGAUUAGGUGAUGUUGCUAUCGGAUUGAAUUCUCAAGGUGGGCGCGCACUUCCUCAUGGGACGUGUCCGUAUGUCGGUCUUGGAGGUCAUGCGUCAUUUGGAGGCUAUGGUUUCACGAGUCGGAUGUGGGGCUUGACUUUGGACAAUAUCGUCAGUCAGGAGGUGGUACUCGCAAACGGUACAAUUGUUCAGGCAUCGCAAAACAGCAAUCCAGAUCUCUAUUGGGCUCUGAGAGGCGCAGGAGCCUCGUACGGUAUCAUGACAUCAAUGAAAUUUCAAACUCAUGCCGCUCCAAGUCAACCUACCAACUUUGACAUUGAAUGGGAUUUUGAUCAAAAUGGCUUUGCAAACGCGCUAAUUAAAUUUCAAGUCUUUUGUCGGUCUAACGUACCAACUGAACUUGGAGUGGACGCCACUUUGGGACAAGGGAGCGAAUCUGGACGCCUGAACUUUGCCCUGGUUGGAGCCUGGUAUGGCGACAGCUCAAAGUUUCCGGCAGUCAUUCAACCUUUUUUGGAUACAAUGCCAGCGCCGAGCCAGAGGAGCGUAAAGAAGAGCGACUGGCUCACCAGCUUGCAAGGUUUGGCUGACUCGCAAGCGCUUUCAACUUCGGGCGUGGACUUAUCAGCAGAGCAUGAUACCUUCUAUGCCAAGUCUUUGACAACUCCACAGUCGACACCAAUGUCUAAUUCUUCUAUCAAAGCUUUCUCAAAGUAUCUCUCGUCGGAAGGAUGGAAAACAGAUACGAAUUGGUUUGUCCAGUUUGAGCUCUAUGGUGGUCAGAAUUCAGCUAUCUCUGCCGUAGCAAAGGAUGCGACGGCAUUUGCUCAACGUUCCAUCUUGUGGACUAUUCAAUUUUACACCUCAUCUAGCAACUAUGCGCCACCUUUCCCCAGUGCAGGAUUGACAUUCCUAGAUCAAAUGGUUUCGAGCAUUGUAAACAACAAUCCUUCUGGAUGGGGUUACGGUGCCUAUGCCAAUUAUGUCGACGAUCGCUUAACUUCCGCUCAGUGGAAGAAUCUCUACUACAACACACAUUAUCAACGAUUGACGCAAAUCAAGUCUGCCUACGACCCUCAAAACGUCUUCGCAUAUCCUCAAAGUAUAACUGAGGCAAGCUCAACACGAAGAAACAAACGUUGGGUUUAAGAUGAAGAGAUAGAUUUCUCUCAUGUAACAUAAAAAUUUCAUAGCAUUUUCAAAGUCUUUGUUCGACUAGAAGCUUUUUUCUCAUGUUCUCCAUCACAUCUGUAGUAGUUUCUCUCUAUAUUGGUUGCAUUUUUUCUAUUUUUUUCCACUUCUAUAUUUAUUUUCCCUCUGAUUUUGUUGUUGGAAGGAAUAUUUAAUUCCGUUCCUGUGUUCUUCUAAAUUAUUUUUUUUCUCAUUUAAAAAGACGUGUAAUUUUAAAGACAAUGAUCAGACUUCGGGCUUAAGCAUGGACUGAUGUACGAUUUUCGGGAAGCACAUUACCUGAUAAUGAUAAUGAUCAGACUUCAUCUAAGG